ACAACUGCGGUAUGGCUUCCUCGUGAACAUCACGUGGGCAAAGUCCGGAGUCCUGUUGACUUAGUGCUGGGCUCGUUUAAGUUUACUUCCUUGUUUGACGCUUAGUUGUGUUUACAACUGUGAAUGGUUGUCCUAUAGUUUAUACCAAAGAUGAUUUCGGCAAAGGUUUCCUUUGUGGUAAUUCUGCUAGUGUGGUUCUCUGUCUCUUCUAAUUGUCAAUGUCCAGCGCGAGACUGUGAUGUCACGUCUUGGACAUUCUGGAGUCGGUGCACUUCAGACCAAUGUGGGCAGUUGGGAGCUCAAAGUCGAUCAAGAAUGAUAGUAACAAGGCCUACUUGUGGUGGAAGAGAAUGCCCUGACAACCUUUUCGAAACUCGUCAGUGCUAUGGGGGAAAUCCAGUUGACUGUGAACUGAGCCAAUGGACAAGUUGGAGCUCUUGCACAACUCCUUGUGGCGCAUCGGGAACGCAAUCUAGCUCUCGUCACCGAGUUCUUACUGAGAAGUGUGGCGGUACAUGUUCGUCUUCUCUCUCAAGAACAAGAUCCUGCUUACAGACCAGUUGUUUCAAUGGGGGAAGUGUACAAAAUGGAGCAUGUCGCUGUCGAGAUGGGUUUACGGGAAAUUGUUGCCAAGAGGAAAUAUGUAAUGGCCCUUCGCCAGCAGUUGACUGUCAACUUAGUUCCUGGUCAGAGUGGAGCCAUUGUACGACAGAUUGUGGUGUAGGAGGAUUACAGACAAGAACUCGUCAGCGGACAAUUUACGAGAGGUGCGGAGGUUCAUGUUCUGGAGGGUCAGACUUAAAGAUGGAACGAUCCUGCCCUCGCAAGACUUGCUUUAAUGGAGGAAGCUUAAUGGGUGGAGCGUGUAGUUGCAAGGAGGGAUAUACUGGUUAUUGCUGCGAGAAAAAUGCAGAUGAAGAUGAAGAAACAGACACAGGCUCAUUCUCAGUCACCCUUGGCGUGUCGCUGUCUGGUGGUUUUAGCCUCCUCUUCUUUUGCUUGUGCGGUUAUUGUUGUUAUCGUUGUUUUUGUAAGAACUGAGCCCGGGCCUUUAUUUCUCCGACGAAAUAAGUAAUGAAAUGCCACCAAAGACUAAACCAAAAUGCAACCGCACUUUAGUGGUAAGCUGGUUAGGGAUCUCGAUCGGAUAAUUGUUCGAGUUCGCACGAGGCGUUAAUUUAUUUUCGCCUUAAAUCAGUUUAAACCACAUAACCUUUUGAGCUGCUUUUUAUUGUCGAAGCGUAGCUUUCACGUGGUACUCCGUAAUAUUUUUCUUUUAGGAUGCUUUGCUCUAAGUUCCAAACCCGUACUUUAAUUUAUACAUUUUUUUUACUGAGAGGGUUUUUCUUUUAUAUAUCAUCCACGGAAAAUGGUGUCACUUUUACUGCAUACAACAAUGAAUGUAUCAGGUGAUUCUAUUUUUCAGUCGGUUGUUGCCACAUUCAUAAACAUCUUGUGUCAACAAAGUGACAAAGAAAAAUAUUUUUGCUUCAGAACUGAGCUACUUGCCCUGGUUUUUCUCUUGGAAAGCGCUUAUAUGCUUGUAGUCUGAAAAUGGUGUCACUUUCGAACAGACCAUCUUAGUAUUGACCCUACGUAUACAAAGAAAGUGCUUUAGGAAUCUGCUUAGGCCUAAAGAAGUUUCAUAUGAAUUCACAGUGCUCAAUGAGCUCAGUGAUAAAAGGCUAGUUAAGAGUUGUUUUAUGUUUGUUGGGGGAUUGUAUUUUUCAGUUAUCAGUUAAUCGAAUGAUCUCGAGAGCAAUUGGGAUCAAACAAACACGAGUAAACUAGGCAAAGAUUAAAAAGUAUGAUAUAAGCGUGGUCAUAGUCGAGUGCUUACCUUUUCCAAAUUGUGUGAGAAUUAAUUUGAUUUCUUUCUAUACAAAAUGAAUUUCAUUUCAACUUUUCAGCCCUCAGUUUCAAGUUGUUUUUGCGCCCAAUGACAACUUUAUAAUUUGUUCGGAAUUAAUUUGCGUUCUCUCAGCCAUUGAGCUUGCUGCAAUUUUCACAAGUACAUCAUUAAUGUAAUUAACAAAUAUACAAAA